AUGGCACAGCCUCCGAAACCACAAGUUCAGCCAUGUCGCUAUAAGACCGGCAAGACCCUUGGCGCCGGCUCAUACUCCGUUGUUAAAGAAUGCGUUCAUAUCGAUACCGGUCGUUACUAUGCCGCGAAAGUAAUCAAUAAACGCCUGAUGGCUGGGCGCGAGCACAUGGUUCGCAAUGAAAUCGCCGUGCUGAAAAAAGUGUCCAUGGGCCAUCAGAACAUUCUCACGCUGGUUGACUACUUUGAAACGAUGAACAAUUUGUACCUGGUCACUGACCUUGCCUUGGGUGGAGAGCUAUUCGACCGCAUCUGCCGGAAAGGUAGCUACUACGAGAGUGACGCCGCAAGUUUAAUCCGCGCUGUCCUAUCGGCCGUGGCUUACUUGCAUGACCAUGGAAUCGUACACCGAGACCUGAAGCCUGAGAACCUACUGUUCCGUACCCCGGAGGAUAAUGCAGAUCUCCUUCUCGCUGAUUUUGGCUUGUCCAGGAUCAUGGAUGAGGAGCAGUUCCACGUAUUGACAACAACUUGCGGAACACCGGGAUACAUGGCGCCGGAGAUUUUCAAAAAGAGCGGGCAUGGCAAGCCAGUUGAUAUCUGGGCCAUUGGUGUAAUCACCUACUUCCUUCUAUGCGGUUAUACCCCCUUCGACCGGGACUCCAACCUAGAGGAAAUGCAAGCCAUCCUAGCAGCAGACUAUGCCUUCACUCCAUUGGAAUACUGGCGUGGCGUCUCUCAAGAAGCCCGCGACUUCAUCAACCGUUGCCUAACCAUUGAUCCCAGAAAGCGCAUGACAGCGCAUGAAGCCCUGCAACAUCCUUGGAUCAGCCCACCAUACGAUACUUCGCGGACUGGCUCCGGCGAGGACCUGCUGCCGACGGUAAAGAAGAACUUCAAUGCACGACGCACGCUGCACCGGGCCAUCGAUACUGUGCGUGCGAUUAACAAGCUGCGCGAGGGUGGUGGGUUCAUGAUGGAUGGGGUGAUGAGUAUUGACCCGAAGCCCGAGCGAGUGAACGGGGCAGAGAUUGUUGAAGAGAACCAUGCUGCCCCUGUACAAAACGGUGGAGGCGGUUCUAUGCAGUUCGAUAGUCGAGGGAAUGCGCGUGGGCAGUCGGAGAUACAGAUUCGGGAGCAGGAACGGAGACUUAAGGAGACUAUGGCCGGAUUAUGGAAUCGAAACCUUUGA